CAACAAGAGCCAAUCUUAACGGUUAAAAUCAAUUACUACACGGAUCGCCAACGUGGCAAUACGUGGUAUAUACAUACACGUCGUUGCUUCCACAUUUUACGCAAAUCAUAAACCGCCACAAAACCGAAAAAAGCAAAAAACACUAAUUGUGCUUACCUUUAGAUCCAUUUUUCUUUUUUGGAGCUUUUGAAAAAUGGAGUCAUCACAAGCAACGACGAAGCCAGCGAGAGGUGCCGGAGGAAGAAAAGGAGGAGAUAGGAAGAAGAGUGUUACGAAAUCUGUUAAAGCUGGUCUUCAAUUCCCCGUUGGUCGUAUCGCUCGUUACUUGAAGAAAGGUCGUUACGCUAUCCGAUACGGUUCCGGUGCUCCGGUUUACCUCGCCGCCGUUCUUGAAUACCUCGCCGCUGAGGUUCUUGAGCUAGCUGGGAACGCAGCGAGAGAUAAUAAGAAGAACAGGAUAAACCCUAGGCAUCUUUGUUUAGCGAUAAGGAACGAUGAAGAAUUGGGGAAAUUGCUACAUGGAGUUACGAUUGCAAGUGGAGGUGUUCUUCCAAACAUUAAUCCAGUUCUUCUUCCUAAGAAGUCUACAGCUGCUGAGAAAGCUUCACCUGCUACCAAAUCUCCUAAGAAGGCUUGAUAAUAAUAUCGAUUGUGCUUUUGGUUAUAUUCGGAUCUAGAAGAAGGAAGAAGGAAGAAGAAGGAGAAACAUCUUGUUUUUUUUUUUUGUUUUAGGGGAUUUGUGUAGGUUUUCUGAAAUCUUCUUCUCUGUGUUUUGGUUUGUCUAUGUAAAACCAUGGGAAGAUGAUUAUGUGUUUUACGGAAUUUGUAAUCGAAAAUAACUAAUUUCUGGGAUUAGUAAACAUCAUCUGUCUAAAUUAGUUUCUGGA